AUGAUCAUAAGCUGGAUGCAGGGACAACCGGAUACAGAUGGAUUGCGCGCAAAGGCACGGGAAGCUGCGGAAAUUAUUGUUCGGGAGAAAUAUUACACGGUUCCUCCUCUCUUGAAGAAAAGCUGGAUCGUUCAGGCGUCAACAAUAGCGGCCGGUGUUUUCCUGUGCCUGGACCUGUUGUUUCUCAGUGCCGGUGAAGGCCCUGAACAGCUUCAACACUGCCGCAGAUCCGUUGAGACCUGCAUCGGUGCACUGGAGGUCAUGGGUCACGGCAGCCUCAUCUCAAAAAGGGGACCCAUGAUACUCAGGACUUUGCUCGGCUUCGAGUCUCAGAUCAACCCCCGAACAAUCCCGGACGAGCAGCUUCUGAGAAACAUCGUCACUCAAGUGUCUAAGCUCGUCAGCUCGGCAUCCGCGUUUGAGUCCGAGCUCGACAUGACAAUGCCGACGCCCCGCGGCGUCAUUCAGAGUGAGAGGUGGCAGUCUCAGAAUUUGGACAUCACGCUGAACCCGUGCAAUCACCAAGCUCAAGUGUUUGCUCCGCUCGCCACUGAGGGUGACGAUUCAACGAAUGCAUCACCUGAAGCCUUGUUCGAUGGGUCCUCUCAAACUCCCUACGGAACCGGUACGGCAGGCGUUGGACUUUUCGGGCCUGGCUCAGUGGAAGGGAUUGCCCGAGACCCUUUCGGAUACAUCAUGGCCAGGGCUGCAGGGAACAGUUGCGACGACGACACAGCGACUCAUGCGAUUGAGUCGUUUGAGAACCCUUUCGAGUUUACGGAUGAGAUGUACUUCAAGAACCAAAGUUGA